AAAAGCAAAACAAGUAUGAAAAGUAUGAGAUUUAAAUUUGAAUGAAAAACGACCAACGGCGCCCAAGCCAAACAAAUCUGGAAUGUGUAAACAAGCAGAACACAGAAACAGUUGUGAUUUUCCUUCGCACAGUUCAACCUAAAUCAGUGUUUUUCGAACUACGGUGAAGCAAUCGGUUGAGGUUUAAACCGCAACGCAACGGUUAUGGUAUGAAAGUGUAAACAGAAGACAUGACGUAUAGACUGAAUGAUUUUGAUGUGCUGGAACUGAUUGGCAGCGGUUCCUUUGGCUCUUGCUACAAGGUCCGCAACAGACACACUCAUGAGAUUAUUGUCUGGAAGGUUAUUGAGUAUGGGUGUCUCUCUGAGGAGAAGAAACAGCUUUUGGUCACGGAAGUCAGUCUUUUGCGAGAUCUACGUCACCCCCACAUUGUUCGGUACUUUGAUCGUAUUGUAUGCAAAGAAACCAAGCAACUUUAUAUAUUAAUUGAGUAUUGUCCUGGAGGCGAUUUGGCUACAGUCAUCAAAACUUGUGUUAGAAACAAUACGUAUGUGGAAGAACGAUUUGUCUGGAAGGUUCUGUAUCAGCUGAUAAGUGCACUUCAAACAUGCCACUCAUGGGUUAGUAGUACAGUGAUUUUGCACCGGGAUAUUAAACCAGCAAAUGUUUUCCUUGAUGACAGUGGAAAUGUGAAAUUAGGGGAUUUUGGAUUGGCUUGUAAACUCGACGCUGAUCAACCAGGAUGCAUUGAAACCAUGGUUGGAACUCCGUUUUACAUGAGCCCAGAGGUGCUAAAGGGUGAAAUGUAUGAUAGUAAAUCUGAUGUGUGGUCUCUAGGAUGUCUGGUCUAUGAGCUGUGUGCCAGAAAACCCCCAUUUCAUGCUCAUAACAUCACAGAGCUAGCUUCCAAAGUCAGCAAGGGGAGAUAUGAGCGGAUUCCACACAACUACUCAGAUAGUUUGCAGAAAGUUUUGAGUAGUUUGCUGCAAGUUAACCAAGACCAACGCCCAUCUAUUUUUGAUUUGAUCUGUCAUCCUGUCAUUCUUUCAAAUCUUCCUGUGGAGUCUGAUGGUGGGAUUUCUUGCAAGAUUGCAAGGAGGCCUCCCCCUCCGCCACCAGUGGUUGUUAGUUCCAGAGCACCUCCUCCCAGUCCUGUGGAUAGAGACCCAGAGAGGGUUAGCAAGGAUGCGUUUCAAUCUGAGUGGCUAGCUCGCCUCCAGAGUUUACGAGACAAAGAGGCAAGUCUCCGACAUCGUGAGCUUGAAUUGGAUGAGAGAGAGCACUCUUUGAACCGCCGAGAACACAGACUGGCUCUUAUGGAGAGGGCAGUCCGAGAUAAAAUGGUUCUUGCAGAGGUGUAUCUAAAGCGCAGUAAAGAAAACCGUUGUGGUCCUACCAGUGUACCUCGGCCUCAACCUCAGGCUUGGAAUGAAAUCGAUGAAUCUUUCAGUGCUGAUGCUGGCGACACUAGUGUGAUGCCUACAUCAGCCCUUAUGGACCCCAAACAAGUGCCAAGACCUCCAAACUUCGUGUCCAAGCCAGAAAACAGUGCAGUCUUUCAGGGCCGCCAUGUUUACUUUGAUGAUCCCAAGCAGCCCCGUGUCCCUCCUCAAAUUCCCGCAAAGCCAAGUUUUGCGAAAAUAGCUGAGGCAAUUCGAAGUAACCGGGCUCAAAUUGAUACAGAAACAAAGCCCAGAAUGCAGCAGAAAAUUUUGCAUCUGCCUGGUUACACUGGACCAGCUAUCACUGUUGAUGUUCCAAUAUCGGAAACUUCUGACUUCCCUCUUGGUCCAGAUUUGUCACCUUUGCCUGAUAAGCCUCAGCCAAGCAGUCCCUCUGUGAAACUUACUGUUUUGUUUGAUGAUCGUGAAGAACUGCAUAGAGCUACAAGCAGAAUAGAUGCUUUAAAUUUGGAGUCCAAACGGCCGGUGUUGAAAGGCCACCAAACUAAAGACCUGUACAACAAGACUGAUGUGUCACCGGCACAAGCACAGCUCAUGAGACAAAACACAUUCACAAGCACAGCUUAUAAUUCGAGAUCAAUAGGGGCUUCUGUUGACUCACUUCUGGAUGCCAAACAUCCAUCAAGCCCCCACAAAAUUAAUACUUUGCCUGAAAAAUUUCCCUUCCCAAGUGAAGUGGUCUUGAGGAAAAAUGCAUUUGGAGGAAGUGCUCGGCGCAGAAGAAAAUCAAGCUGCAGGUCAAGCACGCCUCAAUCAUCAGAGUCAAAAUCAUCUCUUGAAAAUGGUAGAGAAAAUGUUGAAAAUGCCAAGAACCAUGCCAUGCUGUUGUAUCACAAAGGCAAUAAAACAUUGGCUGAUGGUGACUUCAGCAGGAGGAGGUCCUUCACUUCAGUGAAAGGGAAAGAAAAUCUGAUUGGUAAAGACAUGCCACCAAUCCCUAAAAAACAAGCGGCCACGUCACUCUUGGCUUUACCGUCCAAUGCUGCAGCUGCUGCUUCAGCGGUUGUGUCUCGAAGCAAGAAGUCACAUGUGUCAUUUUUACGAUAAGAUAAAGCUUUAGAGUGAAUUCUGUUUCUAUUAAGCUUAAAAUGAAUUACUUGUUUUGAUUUUCAAAUGAAUUUUAAGUGAGUUGCAGUUAAAAAAAUGUCUAAUGAAUUUUUUAUUUGUCAAAUAGAUUUUAAGUGAGUUGCGUUUCAAGAAUGUAUAAUGAAAUUUAUUUUAACUGAGUUACAGUUUAAGAAUAUCUAAUGAAUUUUAAAUGAACUGCAUUUCAAGAAUGCCUAAUGAAUUUUAAGAUAGUGGUCUCAUAAGAGGGUCAAGUUCAAUCUUUAUUGUGAACCUGUCCCAUGUCACUAAUGAAUUUUAAAGGAGGUUCAAGAAGGGUACCUAGUGAAAUUAUCUCCCUAACUUUAUGUGAGUUGUUUUUAUGAAAUUGUGUAACGAAAGUUAUUUCAGUUGCUUAGUUAAGUUGUCUAAUGAAAUUUAUGUGAGUUGCUGGAUGAAAUUGUUUAAUGAAUUUAUUUACAGAAUGAUGUUCUGUACCACACUUUUUCUGGUGAUUAUGUGUUCCUGUAACAGUACAAAUUUUGUGCUGUCUAUUGGCGUUAUUCGUCAACCGUUUAGUUGUAUGUUAUCAUCUACUUUGUGAAUGAUGAAACUGAUUGGUAUUAUAUAUGAUAUCAUAUAUUUUAGUUUUUGUUGUUAUACCUCGAGUAUUAUCUAGGCUGGUGAUGCAAGUUUAAUUUUUGGUGCUUUACCCUUACUGUCUGCAUGUACUGGCACACUCAUUAAUCUGCUCCCACUUCAAUAUUAAGGUAAUUGUGAUAAUUAUUGAGCCAUGACAAUUUGCCACACCUGUUGUUAAACUGCCUAGAUUAAGUGGAUUUUCACUCUUUUGUUUCCUGGGCAUUUCAAGUUUUCCUGUUGUUCCUACUCUUUUGGUAUGGUCUAAUUUUGCCUGUUGCUAUGUUGAAUUAAAUGUAACUUACCAAGCAAUGAAA